CCUUUUGUAUUAUGUUAUCUGUAAAUGUGUUAAAGCAAUGAAUGUAUUGUCAAAUGAUAUACAAUAGUGACGUCUGUUUUGUUGUCAGUCACUAAUUGGUUGUUCAUUAAGACAACAAAUCUCAACAUUAAUAACACAUUUAUUUCAUCACUUGAUUACAACUUUUGUCACUUAUAACCGACGGUCCAAAUGGCGGCCAACAAUCGGUGUGAUGUGCGGUGUGUGGACAGCGACCAAACCAUUGAUAUUGCAUUCACUUAUAGUUUUGACACAAGUUUUAAACGAAAUUUUCAUUUUAAAAGAGAUAAAAACGAGACUUUAAAACAAACAUUUCAAAGGAUUUCUUUGAAUGUCAUUAAAUGUAUGAAAAAUGGUAACAAAAAACAAAAGCAAACGACUCGUGACAAGACUGAGACCAAUGAUUUAACCAUUGAGUUGAUCGCCGACGACAUUACAGUUAGCAACGACUCGUUUAAUAGGGAUGUCUGGAAAUCAGGUGAUAUACUUAAAGUAGGAGACAAUAUAUUUGAUGUAUAUCUUAACGCACCGUCAGUUAAAUCUAUAAGACUGGCAAAAGUGAUAAUGUCUUCAUUCAAAGUUUACCCAAUAGUUUCACUUGAAUUCUGUACGUUAAGCGACUGUAAGUUUGAAUGGUUGAGACAAUUAACUAAAAAAUCGGAAAAUGUAACCAAAAAAAGUUGCGAAGAGUGGGAAACUGUUGGCGAAGAAGGGUUUUGUUAUACAGUAAGAAGUGAUGACAUCGGAUAUAAACUAAAAGUGGUUUGCAGUCCAACGUCUGGAAGACAAUAUGAAGCCAUUAGUGAGAAUACAAUCGAUGCUAAUCCUGGUUUGUGUCCAUUUCAAGAAAGACAUGUGUUUUGUCAGACAGACGUCUCAUACAAUUGUUUUCGGAUACUUUCAUACAAUAUAUUGGCCGACAUUUAUGCCGACUCUGACUAUUCCCGAACUGUUCUCUAUCCCUAUUGUCCGCCCUAUGCUUUAGCUAUUGAUUAUAGGAAACAAUUACUUUUAAAUGAAAUCAUUGGUUAUAAUGCAGACAUUUGUUGUCUACAAGAAGUGGAUAAAUAUGUGUUUAAUAAUGAUUUAAAACCAAUACUUUCUUCACUGAAAGACAAAAAAUUUCGUUCAUUUUUUAGUGAAAAGGGAAAUACUGGCGAAGGUUUGGCUACUUUUGUCAAUGAAAAUAGAUUUGAAGUGAUUAACACUGAAAAAGUCAAUAUUUCUAAUGAACUCAAAACAAAUCCUAUUUUUGAUAACUUAUUACACAAUAUUAGUGCCAAUGAAAAACUUUUUGACCGAUUAAUGGCUAGAAAAUCAAUAAUUCAAGUGAUUCUCGUUAGAGACUUACAAGUAAAUGAUAAGACUUUACUUAUAGGUAAUACUCAUCUCUAUUUCCAUCCCGACUCCGAUCAUAUCCGUCUCAUUCAAUCAUAUAUUUAUGUUAAAUAUAUUGAAAAUUUGAUUAAAGUAUUGUCAGAAAAGAGACCCGAAUUAAAUGUUUCUCCAAUUCUUUGCGGAGAUUAUAAUAGUUGUCCAGAAUUUGGUGUUUUCCAACUCAUGACAAACGGUUUUGUAGGAAAAGACAGUCAAGAUUUUAGAAGCAACUCGGAUGAAACUAUUGAUGGUUUGGAUUUGAGUCAUAGUUUAAGUUUUGGAAGUGCUUGUGAUGAACCAAUUUAUACCAAUUACACUCCAUUCUUCAGUGGUUGUCUCGAUUAUAUAUUUUACGACAAAAACAAUUUAAUGGUAUCAGAAAUAAUACCACUUCCCGAUCACCAACAGGUCUCGGCUAACACAGCACUGCCAAGUAUUGUCUUCCCAUCCGAUCAUUUGGCAAUCAUUUGUGUUCUUCAAUGGAAACCCAGUUGAACCGCAUUUUAAUUAUAAAUUCAAUUUUAUAUAUCAAAUGAUAACAUAUUUGGUAUUAAA